UAAUGUAUCUUUAACUAUCCCAUGCUCUGCUAUCCCUCAUGUCUAUUGCCACAUUGCCAUUGUCCCAGUACCAUACUGUAAACAGAAGAGUAUCAGCCUCUCCUACAUUAGCUUUGAUUAUAGAGUAAACCCUAGUUUGUAAAGGAUCUGUGUGCCUAAGCAGAAUGUGCUCACACACCAUUGAGUUUCAAUAGUGGGGUAUUUUGGACCAGUGGGGUAUUUUGGACCAGACCGCUCUAUAGAGUCCAGUGGGCUGGAUGCUUCUAGCCUGUUUGGUUUGGUGGUUAACAGCACUGAGGGGGUUACAUACGCAAGUGUUGUCUGGAUGUGAACAGAUAACAGGGACUUCAAUCAAUCUCCCUCUAUCCCAUUUCAUGCCGUUUUCCAGGCAGGACUAAUGCUGAACCUUUGACAGCAGUGCCUGGGUCACCAGAGAUAGGAGGACUACCAUGCUUCCCUGCUGUGCGGUCAGGACGUGCCAUGUGCUGGUGCUGGUGCUGUGUCUGUCUGCGGCUGAGGACUUCGACUGGACAAAGAACGACCGCGGCUCCUUCUAUUAUGGGACUUUUCCAGCUGGAUUUUCGUGGGGUGCCGGCAGUUCAGCCUAUCAAACAGAAGGAGCCUGGGACAAAGACGGUAAAGGACUGAGUAUCUGGGACGUGUUCUCUCACAGGAAGGGAAAGAUACUGCAGAACGACACCGGAGACUCUUCCUGCCAGGGAUACUACAAAAUCAAGGAGGACAUCUCCCUCAUGAAAGAGCUGAAGCUGGACCACUAUCGCUUCUCUAUCUCCUGGCCCCGUAUCAUGCCUACUGGGAUCAAAUCUGACCAUGUGAAUGAGAAAGGGAUAAAGUACUACGAUGAGUUGAUUGACAACCUGUUGGAGAACAAGAUCACUCCCAUCGCUACUCUGUACCACUGGGAUCUACCUCAGGUCCUCCAGGAGAAGUACGGAGGAUGGCAGAACAUCAGCAUGGUCAACUACUUUAAUGAGUUUGCCAACCUGUGUUUUGAGAGAUUCGGAAACAGAGUGAAAUACUGGAUCACCUUGAACAACCCAUGGUCGGUGGCAGUGGAGGGCUAUGAGACUGGUGAGCACGCUCCUGGACUGAAGCUGAGAGGAACAGGGGCCUACCGGGCCGCGCAUCACAUGAUCAAGGCCCAUGCUAAAGUCUGGCACACCUAUGACACCAAGUGGAGAGGAAAACAGAAAGGUCUGGUGGGCAUCUCUCUGUCUGGAGAUUGGGGCGAACCGGUAGACAUCAGUAACCAGAAGGACAUCGAGGCAGCAGAGCGAUAUGUCCAAUUCUACAUUGGCUGGUUCGCCACUCCCAUCUUCCACGGGGACUAUCCACAAGUCAUGAAGGACUUUAUUGGUCGUAAGAGUGCCCAGCAGGGUCUGGGUACGUCCCGCCUCCCCACCUUCUCUUCCCAGGAGAAGAGCUACGUUAAGGGUACCUGUGACUUCCUGGGUAUCGGUCACUUCACCACGCGCUACAUUACCCAGAAGAACUACCAGUCGGGACACGGCAGCAGCAGCUACUUCACUGACAGAGACCUAGCUGAACUGGUGGACCCCCGCUGGCCUGAUCCUGGAUCAGAGUGGCUCUACUCUGUCCCCUGGGGGUUCAGACGCCUGCUCAACUUCGUCAAGGCCCAGUACCGAAACCCAAUGAUCUACGUGACAGAGAACGGGGUGUCGGAGAAAAUCAUGUGUACUGAGCUCUGUGAUGACUGGAGAAUACAGUACUACAAGGACUACACCAACGAGAUGCUGAAAGCCAUCAAAGACGGAGUGAACGUGCGCGGCUACACGGCCUGGUCUCUGCUGGACAAGUUUGAGUGGGACGAGGGCUACUCCGAGAGGUUUGGCCUGUACUACGUAGACUUCAGGAACAAGAAUACACCACGUUACCCAAAAGCCUCGGUUCAGUACUACAAACGCAUCAUCAGCUCAAACGGAUUCCCCAACCAGAGAGAGGUAGAGAAUUGGAAGAGGAAGGCCACAGAGACCUGCUCUUCCAGUAACCAGCUCCUGGCUGCAGAGGAACAACGGAGUACUGCUGCCAAUAUACUAAGACUUAUACAUGACCCCCUGACCAGCCAUAUGGAGAUGGUCACAGAGGUGGUGGUCCCCACUGUGUGUACCCUGUGUAUCCUCCUCUCUGCUGUCUUCCUCAUGUUCCUGCUGCGGAGACACAACUAGAUAUACUACUACACUACUAGAUAUACAACUACUACACAACUAGAUAUACUAC